CCCGGACGUAAAGCAGUGCGCGAGAGAAAUAUUUGAUACGGCUGGAAAAAAUACUACAAAUGGGUUUCUAAGUGGAAUCGCAGGGCAGCAAUCUUCUGGGACUUAAGCACAGAUAAACAAAUGCCAAGCAAUGGCGAGAAAAAUAGAGUGACUGUGUGUGUGGAAGAUACACCUGGCAUGACGAUGGACUCCCUUUUUUCACCAGAUGUUUAAUGGAUUUUGAUCUGAAAACAGGUUGUGCUGUUGUAGAAUCAGUUUUCUAAGAGCUUGCUUGUCUUCUUUUGCCGCUUGCUGAAUGGCGUGUGGCUGAACGUUAAUUGGAGGAAUUCAUCUGGCUCUGAGAAGGAUUGUGUGUGUGGGUACCUGAUCUGCUGGCAGGUGUUGUGCCCCCAUUACUUUAUACACUCUGUAUAAAGCUGGCGAUGUCCAGGGUCCCGAGUCCGCCCCCUCCUGCUGAGAUGACCAGCGGCCCUGUGGCCGAAAGCUGGUGUUACACACAGAUCAAAGUAGUGAAGUUCUCCUACAUGUGGACCAUUAACAACUUCAGCUUCUGUCGGGAGGAAAUGGGUGAGGUUAUCAAAAGCUCUACCUUCUCCUCAGGAGCAAACGACAAGCUGAAAUGGUGUUUGCGAGUGAAUCCAAAAGGGCUGGAUGAGGAAAGUAAAGAUUACCUAUCGCUUUAUCUGCUUUUGGUCAGCUGUCCGAAGAGUGAAGUUCGUGCCAAGUUCAAAUUCUCCAUCCUCAACGCCAAGGGCGAGGAGACCAAAGCUAUGGAGAGUCAGAGAGCCUACCGAUUUGUUCAGGGCAAAGAUUGGGGCUUCAAGAAGUUCAUCAGACGAGACUUUCUGCUGGAUGAGGCCAAUGGGCUGCUGCCUGAUGACAAAUUGACCCUUUUCUGUGAGGUGAGUGUGGUCCAGGACUCUGUAAAUAUCUCUGGUCAGAACACGAUGAACAUGGUGAAGGUUCCGGACUGCCGGCUGGCUGACGAGCUUGGAGGAUUAUGGGAACACUCACGGUUCACCGACUGCUCGCUUUGCGUCGCUGGUCAGGAGUUCCAGGCACACAAAGCCAUCUUGGCAGCUCGUUCUCCAGUUUUUGGUGCCAUGUUUGAACAUGAAAUGGAAGAAAGCAAAAAGAACCGUGUAGAGAUUAAUGAUGUGGAACCAGAAGUGUUCAAAGAGAUGAUGUGCUUCAUCUACACUGGCAAAGCACCCAACCUGGACAAGAUGGCUGAUGACCUGCUAGCUGCUGCUGACAAGUAUGCAUUGGAGCGUCUGAAGGUGAUGUGCGAGGACGCUCUGUGUACGAGUCUUUCUGUGGAGAACGCUGCUGAGAUCUUGAUCCUAGCUGACCUGCACAGUGCCGACCAACUUAAAACGCAGGCUGUGGAUUUUAUCAACUACCAUGCGUCAGACGUGAUGGAGACGUCCGGCUGGAAAUCCAUGGUGGCGUCUCACCCUCACCUGGUGGCGGAGGCGUACCGCUCACUCGCCUCGGCUCAGUGCCCCUUUCUGGGACCUCCACGGAAACGCCUCAAACAGUCAUAGUGCAGCUUAGCCCUUCUUCCCACGCUGACAGGACUGCCCGUGCGGAGGCGCCCUUCCUGAAAUAACCCUUAAAUCCUGAAUAAAUUCCUGUAGGGACUCUAGUAACUCGA